UAAUUCAAUAUGAAUAUAGGUACUAUAAGUGAUUUCAACUUCAAAUAAAAUAUUUUAGGAACUAUUAAAUCUGAUAUCUCUUCUUAUGUCACUUAAAAGGCAUCUAUAAAUAAUUCUAAUAUAUAUUUGAUAUUUUAGACUUUGCUCAAUUGCUUAUUGGUAUGUAUCCACAAAUCCUAUCUUCUUUAGACAGGAUUAGUUAGGUGGAUUAUUUUAAUAGAAUCAAUAAAAUAGUAUGAGAAGAGUACUAAUUGAUAAUACAGUUUUUCAAUAUAAUAAGAAGUAUAUUAUUCUUAGAUAUAGAAAAUACUAUUUUAUGAAGAUAUUGAAUUUGCUGAUUAGAAUGACACUGUUGAAUGGACUGAUACAUAUAUAACUAAUAUAAUUCCAUAUUUAAUCUUUGAAAUUGUUGUUUGUAUUUAUGGUUAAUAUGAGAUAUCAAAUAUUGGAAGAUAUAUAGUCAGUUUAAUAGUUUAAAUAUAUUUAUAUUUUAUUUUGAAUUAAUAUUAACUAGAGAAGACCAGAAAUGAAACAUGGUGA